AUGUAAACUCUGAGUCAUUACGCUUUACCUUAGUUUUACACAACAACCAUCAUUAUUUCUCAAGUCUACCCUAUCACAAGGAUUUCAAGGUAAUAUUACUUCAAAUGGUAGCAUAUCAUAAGAAUGGCCGACUUUGAUUAUGGAAAUAGCACAAUUCCUCAUCAGUUUGGCUCUUAUGGUGAUGAUUUUCAUUAGACACAAAUUUCAAAUCAGGAAACCUCAUCUUUUCGGUUUGGCUAGCUGUCUUACUAUUUUAUCAAUUCUUUUGGCCAUACAACAGUUUGAUCAUUACUAUCUUAUAUUGAUUAUCCUUCAGUAGUUGGCAACUUGUUUGCUGUUGUCCCUGAUAGUGUUGAAUAAGAACAAAAUUGGAGUUGGAAUAGUGCUUUAGAUAUAUUUGAUUGGAUUUUUAGUAGAUUUCCUUUCUCUUUACAUUUGGUAUGGAUUGGCCAUUUUAUGGUUAGGAUAUUCCAGAGCCAAUUCAAUCUGGGUCGAGCAGUUGCCAUUCUAGGGUCUGGGGGAGUUGGACUGAUCACAUUGAUUUUAUGUCUGUUAUGUCAAGCUAAGCCACAAGGAAAACUUUAAAAUGAAUUGCACAUUAUCGUAGGAUUCUAUAUAUUUUGCGAACUGUUCAUAUGUUGCAAUAUAAUCACCGAAAUCGUAAAUGUAAUAAUUUGAAAUUUCAGUUUUUUAGAGUAAUUCGAGCAUAUACUUGAUCGAUUUGAUUCUGCUGAAGGUUUCGAAUGUAUUGUUGGACGUGCUUAUUUACCCGUUUGCCAAAUUUCACGAACCAGCAAAAAUGUAGAUUUCUAAGAAUAAAAUUUCAUCUGAGAUUAUUGAGAAUUGUAACACUCGACAAUUCGAAUGCACCACGAUGCCAACCAAGGAAAGCGAAUACGAAUUGGAUAGUGCUCUCAAGAUCAAAUCAGAUAGACAUAUAGUUACGAAUAAAAUAGAUUAAUGUGUUUCCAAAAUGUGGAUUAAACCUCUAUUAGAAAUUUAUUGA